CAGUUCUCUCUGUCUGCCAAAGCUUAUGGACCAUUUCAACAAACUGAAUAGACCUUACUUCUGGAUUAAUUUUGAUAUUUUCAUAUCAGACCAACAUGAUCUCCUCAACAACAGUUCUCUCUGUCUGCCAAAGCUUAUGGACCAUUUCAACAAACUGAAUAGACCUUACUUCUGGAUUAAUUUUGAUAUUUUCAUAUCAGACCAACAUGAUCUCCUCAACAACAGGAGAAGACAACACUGGGGUCUCACAGAGUCUUGACAAUCUGGGAAAUCUACACAAAGGGAGGGAACCUCAAAGAAUCUACCAGUCAGAGCCUUUUCUUAAACCAGUCAUGUCCCUAAAGCAGGUGGGGUUUAUAAAGGCCAUUUUGUCAUCUUUCAAAUUUAAGUGCUCAGAAAGUGUCAGAGAGAAUAAAACUCCUGUGCCAAAGGAUUUAGAAAAAUCGAUGAAGAAAGGGCAGAUGUUCAUCAGAGACAACAGCAUAAGAAACCAGCCACAGAAAAACAAGUCUCAGUUGCCACACCUUACACAUCAGGAAGAGAAAUCUGAAAAAGCAGGUGGUUCGCAGAUUCCCAAGGCAGAAUGGAAAACCCUCACAAGAUCACCAGCCAAAGUGAUUCUGGAUCCGAACACUGCGAAUCCCACUCUCAAGCUCUCUGCGGAUGGACGCUCUGUGAGAACAAAGACCCACAAAGAGUUUCAUUCUGAAAAGAGUUACUAUGACUACCUCAGUCAAUACAAACAUAAGUAUGAUGGCUGGACGUGUGUCCAAGCUCAAGAAGGCUACAGUACAGGCAAACACUACUGGGAGGUAGAUGUAACGGGGAAAUAUGAUUGGAGAAUCGGUGUAGUGAAAGAGUCUGCACAACGUAAUGGCUUUACUAAACUGAACACAGCAGCAGGGUAUUGGACUCUGCGUCUGCAGGUCGGUUCUCUCAUGGCUCUGACUGAACCAGUCACCAAACUCAAUCAGGAGCCGCCUUCGAAGAUAGGAGUGUAUCUAGAUUUGGAGGAAGGUCAGCUUACUUUCUGUGAUACAAUGAAAAGGAAAGUUAUUUACACAUUUAAAGCAGAGUUCAGUAAGUGUGAGAAAAUUUACCCUGUGUUUGGAACCGUGGAGACAGAUCAACGUCUAAAGUGUAUCCAAACAUGACUUUUAACUGGUCUUUAUAUUGAUUGAAAUGUCCGAUAUUUAUAUCUAUGAGGGUUGUGGGGGAGCUGGAGUCAAAUCCCAGGUGACUUUGUGUGAGAGGCAGGGUACACACUGAGCAUGUCACCAAUUUAUCACAGGGUUAACACAGAGAAAAACAACCAUACCCAUUCACAUACACACAUUCACGUUUGUAGCCACACAGUUUAUUCUAUUAGAAUCAAUUGGUAGGUGGACCCCAAACUUGCACUUUUUUUUUUUAUGAACGAACUACAAACAUUGCACAUGUAUUUUAAAAAAAGCUACAAUUUUAUAAUUUAUAGAUUUUCAUUUUCAUUUUCUCACCAAAUUCUUUAAUGAAAUCCGCAAUUGCAUAAUAUAGUUCCAUGUUAUUUUUGUGGCUGUAAAUUGGCUUUAUUGAACACUGCUGAUUUUAAAUGUAGUAUAUUAAAUGGCGGGUGGCACGGUGGUGUAGUGGUUAGCGCUGUCGCCUCACAGCAAGAAGGUCUGGGUUCGAGCCCCGUGGCCGGCGAGGGCCUUUCUGUGUGGAGUUUGCAUGUUCUCCCCGUGUCCGCGUGGGUUUCCUCCGGGUGCUCCGGUUUCCCCCACAGUCCAAAGGCAUGCAGUUUAGGUUAACUGGUGACUCUAAAUUGAGCGUAGGUGUGAAUGUGAGUGUGAAUGGUUGUCUGUGUCUAUGUGUCAGCCCUGUGAUGACCUGGCAACUUGUCCAGGGUGUACCCCGCCUUUCACCCGUAGUCAGCUGGGAUAGGCUCCAGCUUGCCUGCGACCCUGUAGAACAGGAUAAAGCGGCUAGAGAUAAUGAGAUGAGAUGAGAUAUUAAAUGGCAUUUAUUGUGUAAGCUAGUCUGUACACUCAAGAAAUGUGAAAGAAAUUACACUUUUUAUUGUGAAAAUAAAUUGUACUUUGUAAAAA